GAAGAGUUGUCUGUUUUAAUAAGCUCCAGCACGGUGGGCGCUUCUCAGCUGCAGCUCCCGUAGAGCUAAAAGCGCGAAUUUCUCCAGUCAGUAUUGAGCUUUAUUCUAUCAUUUACUGCGUCUAGGAGGAGAAACAAAUCCCAAUUUCGGAUAACCAUUUCCUUAGAAGAGAGUGUUUAUGGUUUGGACUGAAGAUAUCAGCAUGUCUCGUACCGACGAGGUCCACCGCGUUACAGAGAAUGUCUACAAGACCAUCAUGGAGCAGUUCAACCCCUGCUUGCGGAACUUUGUUGCCAUGGGGAAGAACUACGAGAAAUCGCUCUCCACUGUGACAUUUGCAGCCAAGGGCUACUUUGAUGCACUGGUGAGGAUGGGUGAGCUGGCCAGUGAGAGCCAGGGAUCCAAAGACCUUGGGGACGUGCUCUUUCAGAUGGCCGAGGUCCACCGGCAGAUCCAAGUGCAGCUAGAGGAAAUGCUGAAGUGCUUCCACACUGAGCUGCUUUCAGAGCUGGAGAAGAAAGUGGACCUGGAUGCCAGAUACCUGACUGCGGCUCUGAAGAAGUACCAGAUGGAGCACAAGAGCAAAGGCGAAAGCCUGGAAAAAUGUCAGGCUGAGCUGAAGAAACUGCGUAGGAAGAGCCAGGGCAGCAAGAACCCAUCCAAAUACAACGACAAGGAGCUGCAGUAUGUGGAGACCAUCAACACUAAGCAGGGCGAGCUGGACACCUUCAUCGCAGAGGGCUACAAAACUGCUCUGUCAGAGGAGCGCAGGAGAUACUGCUUCCUGGUUGACCGCCAGUGCGCUGUGGCCAAGAACAGCAGUGCCUACCAUGGCAAGGGCAAGGAUCUGCUCACUCAGAAGAUCCCGGUGUGGCAGCAAUCCUGCUCUGAUCCUAACAAGCUCCCGGAGAGGGCCAUGUUGCUGGUCCAGCAGAUGAUGUCCGGCUCGAACCCCCUUCUCUCCAGCCCGCUGCAUUCCUCUAAGGGCAACCUGGUCAUCUCGGACCCGAUCCCUGGCGCUCAGCCUCUGCCUGUGCCCCCUGAGCUGGCUGCCCUCAUGGGCCACCCAGGAAGGCUGAUGGGUCCUGAUGGCAUGUCUCUGGUCAAUGGUACAACAGGAAUGCAAGGGGAGGAGUACUGGGCUGAAGGGGGCGUGUCUCAGGGAAGACCCGCCUCCCCACAGCCUCCGUCCCAGAGUCAGCCACAGAGGCAGGUCAGCGAGGUUUACUCCAACACCCUGCCUGUCCGCAGACCCCAGCCCGCUAAGAGCAAGGCCACCGUGGGAGAGACACGGACUCUGCCCAGGUCCAGCUCCAUGGCAGCAGGACUGGAGAAGAACGGUCGUUCACGUGUGCAGGCCAUCUUCUCUCAUGCUGCUGGUGACAACAGCACACUGCUCAGCUUUACCGAGGGUGACAUUAUCACACUGCUGGUGCCCGAGGCUCGGGAUGGUUGGCAUUAUGGAGAGAACGAGAAGAACAAGAUGAGAGGCUGGUUCCCCUUUUCUUACACAAGAGUGUUACCCGAAAGCGACAGUGACAAGCUGCGAGUUAAUCUACAUCAUGGGAAGAGCAGCAGCACGGGGAACCUGCUGGAGAGAGACGACACGUCUCUGCCCAUGCCUGACUACGGUCUGACUGCCCGUCUGUUGGCUCAGAGCCUCACACAGAAUCGCCCUCGUCCCUACAGCAUGGCUGGCUUCACACAGCCAGCGAUUGAGGAUUAUGACAGUCGUUUUGCCACAAGUUCCGAUGGCAAAUUGAUUUCGACAGUGUGAACACAGACAGGCUAUCAGACACAGACACAACUCCGGAUAGCACAGGGGUUGCACCCCUUCCUUCCCAGUUUCCCCUCUAGCCUUCCCCACCCCCCCUCAAAACAAUCCUAACACGUGCCUCCACGCACCCCUCCUUCAGUGGAAGAAGGCCGCUCUCAUCCCUCCUUUCUGUCCUCUCUUCCUCCCCUGCGUGUUGUCGCCGGGGGGCCAUAGUGCCGGUGGCGUGUGGUGGGUCGGGGGGGAAUCUGACAGAGAGAGCCAGAGGGCGCUCCAUCUGCUCGCCUCGCACCUAUACAGACACUGAGCUGCUCUUCGCCUUGCCCGCUGCCACCGUGGACUUCUCCAACUGGACUCCUCUCCCAUGCAUGUGCACAAGUUCUGCAACUGUUGUGUUUUUAUGAUGAUGAUUUUUUUGUUAAAGGACAUCAUCAUGUAAAAGUGCCAAAAGCUAUGUCGAUAUUUUCAAGCAGUUCACCUUCCAUAAAAAGACCUGUGCCGUUUGUCCUUUUCUUUAUGCUGUGGACUGGCACUAUUGAAGCUCACUCGCCGCAGAGCCUUGUAUUCUCUUUAUGGUUCAGUUGUGCGGCGUGUUUUUUUUCCUCUCUGUUUUGUAGAGCGUUGUGUGCUUCCACCGUGUCUUUAAGCAGCGCAACGUGCAGCCCAGAGGGUGUGUCACUUUUAACAUUGUGGGAUCCAUUUACAGUACAGUCCACACUUCUUCUUUAUUAUUUCUGAAAGAUCUCAAAUUAUAGAAGUACGAAACACAAGCAGAGUCGGCCCAAACAUGUAGGCUAUUAUGAUAGCAAUGUACAAUAUCAAAAUAUGGAAAAGUAUGAGUAAAUUUAAUGCUACCACCACAUCAUAUAGCAAAAUCAGAAAAAGAAAAUCAUUUAUUUACAUCUGGUUGUUGUAUCAUCUCUCAAAGCCAUCUGUGGUUAUCCAGAUUGUUAUUGUUGUAGAGAAAAGGAUAAACAUUUUAGUGUUUUUCCUGCUCAGAUUCAACCUAUCAGCUCCGUACCUGUCCUUUCUGAGUUUACUUGGGUGCGACAGACCUGGGAAAAUUUUCAGAUGUUUAGGAUCAGGGUUACAGCAGGUCCAGGUUUGGGAACUUGUGCUGUGCAGCAGGUAAUAUUCAGAUUAGCUCAUUAUACUUGACCCCCAUCUUCCCAUGCUGUGCCUUGAUUCCGGUUGUUUUACACAAGUUUUUAGUGGUAGUAAGUAGUAUCGGUAAUAUGGACUUUGGCAAUAGCAAACAAUAUGCGAUGUGAUGUAUUGUGAAGGAUGUAUUUUGGUCAGCGUUAUAUGAAUAAUUCUACCUUAUUGCCAAAGUGAAAUAGUUUUUCUAAAUUGCACAAUUAGAGACAUAAAUCUGUAGCUCUAACUGCAAUAGACAAAUUUUGGAAAAACAUUCAUUAUAUUAUGAAUAUGAAUCCUUAUUCUUUGUGUUGAUAUUGCAAUAAGUAACUUUCUUAUUUACAUCUUUUAUACAUUUACAAUUCACUGAUUACAAAGCAGUGGAUAUCGAGAGGCACAAUAUUGCAACGUUUUAUAAUCUAGGCCCAAGUAGAUGGAUCCAGAAGACUGAAACUAAAACAAGCGUUGAUGAUGUAAUCACACAAAGUGUGAAGUCAACGGAUGAAUAACGUUUUUCAAACAUCACAUAAGAAGAAACGUGUCGGUGAAGUUGCAGUUAGUAAGAAGUAUGUUAUUAAUGUUGACUUUACAUUUCACUACCACUUUACUUGAGAGAGAUUAAAUGACAUUUGACCCAGAUGCGUCUCUGAUUUAAAUCGGUUUAAAACCUCUGCUGUGUGAUUGCAUUUAUAAUUAGAACUGGAUUUCUGGAUAUAAUAAGGAGACUUAAGAUGCAUGAAACAACCAGGUGUAAAUGGAGUCUCUUUCUUCUUCUCUGCAUCUCUGCUUUCUUUUCAUCUCUGAGACCUGAAACUCCUGUAAUUUCCAUUAAAAAAAAAAAAAAAAGCUGUAAUAUGUUCUCAUUUCCAAUCUGUCGUGUUCCAAAAUGGUCAGCUGACAGAUCCUCUGGAGCCGUGGUGUACUUUCCUGCUGUGCUUUUGUACCUUUUGUCUCUUUUAAAAUGCUUUUCUUUUUCUUGUAAAUCAAUUUACAAUGCACAGAAAUCAGUAUACAGAAAACUUUCCAUCACAAAAUGCAUGCUAUGGAGGAACUUCAGCAACAUGUUGACCUUGAAUGUAUUGUGGAUUUUUACAAAAAAAAGUAUAUAUAAUAUAUAAAUAUAUCUAUAUAUUAAUAAAACACUUGUUCAAAUUAUAUAUGAUUGUUAACUUGAAUCCAUGCUGUUGAAUCCAUGGUGUGUGUUUCUGCAUUUCUGCACUACAUCAUUUUAUUGAUCUCAUCUGAUGCCCACUCACCAACUUUAGAACCAAAUCCCUUCUGUAAUACAUAUAGAAUGCUGUUUUUGUAUUCUGUGUGUAAGAGUGUGUCUAAGAGUGAGUGUGUGUGUGAGAGCUAGAGAGAAGUGCUUAGCUUUGCGUCUUCAUGUGAUCAUGGAUUUAUUUUGUCGUAGUGGGGUAUGCUGUCUGUCUGCUGUCUGAGAUGUGUGUAUUAAAGAUAGAAGUAGUCAAUUCAGCACAUGGGCUCUGACACCAGUUCAAAUUAUUUGGUAGUUUCAUAUAUUUUGCUCUGUGAGAAUGACUUAGAGCUGAGUUUUUGUUCCCAAAAUUGGUCUCAUGAAAGACAAAUUGGAUGACUGCUAUGGGCAGACUCUUCAUUUUACACUAUAUUUUGAACCCCUCAUCAUCCGUAGAGAAGUUUUAUUUACUCAUGUAAGAGCAUAGGGUUGGAAUGUCCUUCAUCCAUCUGAGCCAGUGCAAAACUCAAAGACACCAUGCCACAAAAUGAGUAACCUCCCACCAUCCUACACAAAACUAACAGUCGGAUAUGUAGCCAUGCAUAAUCCUAGUCUGAGCUGAGCUCCGGUACAAACCCAUGGACUCUCUUUACC